AUGAAAAAAAUAAAAGUUUUAAAAAAGAAAUUCAUCUUUUCAGAGGAUUAUAGUAGUGAUGAAGAUAGUUUUGGUGAUUUUCAUAGCACUUCCUCUGAUAAUGGUGAAAACAAAAUAGAAGAGAUGAAUCAGGAAAUCGGCUUCUUAAAUCGAAUGCAGUUGGACUUAUCAAAACUAGAUGUUGGUGACUGGAUUGUGGUCAAAUUUAAGCAGAAGAAAGCCAUAAAAAUGUAUAUGGGACAGCUGACAGAGAAAGAACCAUGCCUGGUGACAAAAUUUUGUUGCAGAUUUGUAAUACCUACCACGUACAAGCUGUCCAUAACAGCUUCUGUGUAG